ACCGACUAUUGUUGCUGAACUUGCAUCGGAAAGUUGGAGCUAUUGCCAGGCUUGCAUUGACAAGACGGAACCGAAGAUGACGAAAUUCCGGCCUUGUAUCGACUUGCACUCCGGACAGGUGAAGCAGAUCGUGGGCGGGACGCUUAGCAAUGUUGCGGAGGAGCUGAAAACAAAUUAUAUAUCCAAACUCCCUGCAAGUCACUAUGCACGGUUGUACCAGGAACAUGACCUCCGCGGCGGCCACGUGGUGAUGCUAGGACCUGGCAAUGAUGAGGCCGCAAAGGAAUCGCUCAAGACAUGGCCUGGCGGGCUCCAGGUGGCGGGGGGGAUUACGGAUAAGAACGCACAGUAUUGGAUUGACCAAGGCGCCGACAAGGUCAUCAUUACAUCCUUUCUGUUUCCCGAAGGCAAAUUCUCGCUUCAAAGGCUGCAGUCAGUUCUCUCGGCGCUGGGCGGCGACAAGUCGAAGCUGGUCUUGGACUUGAGCUGCCGGCGAAAAGACGAUACCUGGUUCGUGGCCAUGAACCGAUGGCAGACCAUCACAGAGAUGGAAAUAAACCAAGAAUCUAUCUCGAUGUUGGAGCCCUACUGCUCCGAGUUUCUCAUCCAUGCCGCGGAUGUCGAGGGCUUACAGCAAGGGAUUGAUGAAGAGUUGGUCGCUAAACUGGCCGAAUGGUGUACGAUCCCUGUCACCUAUGCUGGGGGCGCACGGAACCUCCAAGACCUCGAGAAAGUCCAGCUUAGCAGUCGAGGAAAAGUAGAUCUAACCAUCGGGAGUGCUCUGGAUAUUUUUGGCGGCUCUGGGGUAACGUUUGACGAAUGUGUCAGAUGGAAUAAAGGUCACUGAUGGGGGGGGGGCAC